AUCGGCGUCUGCCUACCGCUAUUCUCCCGCUCAGUGCCGGCCCUGAGGCCCGGCGCCAACAUUUUCGUGCUCGUCAAGGCGUUCGCCUCCGGCGUGAUUCUUGCUACGGGGUACAUGCACGUGUUGCCCGACUCGUUCGAUGAUCUGCAUUCGCCGUGCUUGCCUGAGAACCCCUGGAGGAAGUUCCCGUUCACGACUUUUGCCGCGAUGCUCUCCGCGUUGGUCACGUUGAUGAUCGAUUCGCUUAUGAUGGCGAGGUUCAAUAUAAGGCAUAGCUGUGGACCUGCGUCGGUUGUGGAUCACGAGAGUCAGAAGAGUAAAGAGAUUGUCGCGGCGAACGGAGGUUGUAAGGAUUUGGCACAGGAUCCGACGAUCGCUAGGCAUCGGAUUGUAGCGCAGGUUUUGGAAAUGGGAAUUGUGGUUCAUUCUGUGGUGAUUGGGUUGUCAAUGGGGGCAUCUCAGAGUUCUUGUACGAUUAGGCCUUUGGUGGCUGCGCUUUGUUUUCAUCAGCUCUUUGAAGGAAUGGGUCUCGGUGGUUGCAUCCUACAGGCGGAGUACGGGUUAAAGAUGAAAUCAAUCCUGGCCUUCUUCUUCGCGACUACAACCCCAUUCGGCAUUGCGCUUGGAAUAGCACUGACGAACGUGUACAGCGACAGCAGCCCGACAGCCCUCAUCGUCGAGGGAUUGCUGAACGCGUGCUCGGCUGGGCUGCUGAAUUACAUGGCGCUUGUUGAUCUCUUAGCUGCAGAUUUCAUGGGUCCUAAACUUCAGAGCAGCAUCGGGCUCCAGUUGUGGUCGUUUGCGGCAGUGCUCUUUGGCGCUGGAGGCAUGUCUCUCAUGGCUAAAUGGGCCUAAUAUAAGCUAGUUAAUUGAAUUGUUAGGUGUAUCUAGACACUGCUAAAAAACG